AUGGCCGGAGGAGGAGGAGGAGCAGAAGCUAGCGUCGUGCCGGAGAUAACGCUGGAGUACACGCCCACAUGGAUCGUUGCCUCCGUUUGCUCCGUCAUCGUCGUCAUUUCCCUACUCUUCGAGCGGAUGCUCCAUCGUCUUGGCAAGAGGCUACUGAAAAGAAGUAAGAAGACCCAAUACGAGGCCCUCCUUAAGAUCCAGAAAGAGCUGAUGCUGCUGGGGUUCAUAUCGCUGAUGUUGGGCGUGCUCCAGGGUGCCACACAGAAGAUAUGCGUCAAGGAGAGCGUCAUGCACCACCUUCUCCCCUGCCCGCUGCCGUCAGCUGGGCAUGCCGGUGCCAAGUACGGCGCCACCAUGUUCACCGGCGUGCUAGGCGGCGCAAGGAGGCUUCUGUCUGGGGGAAGCGCCACCGAUGACUACUGCCUGAGGAAGGGCAAAGUUCCAAUUCUUUCACUUGAAGCAUUGCAUCGAUUGGACAUGUUUAUCUUCAACCUAGCAGUCACACAUGUGGUUCUUAGCCUUCUUACAUUUGUCGUUGGAGUCGCACAGUCUGUUGAUGUUGUUAUAGGGUGGUAUGUCUAUACAUGGUUACCAUUGGCACCUUUUAUUCUGUUGCUUGUGGUUGGAUGUAAGAUGGAGCAUGUCAUUACUGAGUUGGCUGUUGAGGUUGCAAAGAAACAUACAGCAAUAGAAGGGGAUGUGAUAGUCGCUCCUUCGGAUGAUUUUUUCUGGCUCCAUAGGCCUAAAGUGGUCCUCUACUUGAUCCACUUCAUUCUAUUUCAGAUAGCGUUUGAGAUAGCAUUUUUCUUCUGGCUGUUGGCAGCAUAUGGGUAUAAAUCAUGCAUCAUGGGAAGACAUGCACAUGCUAUUGCUCGACUUGUAUUGAGUGUCGCCAGCCGAAUCUUAUGUGGUUACAGCACCCUACCUCUUUACGUGAUCGUCUCUCAUAUGGGAAGCUCAUUCAAUAAAGCCAUAUUUGAUGAUAAUGUAUCUGAGGACCUUGUUAACUGGGCUCAAAGUGCUAGAAGACGUAAAGGGAAGAACAAAACAAAUAAUGCAGAUGUGGCAACCUCUUCUACUGAUGAGAGACAUGGUGGUUCGGUUCAAAUGACAGAUGCAUGAAAAGACUUAUUAGCAAUAUAGUAUGGGACUGCUAAGCUAGGCUAAGUGCUUAGCUAAGAACUACUAGUGGACU